UCGUGCGAUUCACAAUACCAUAAAAAAUAACCAACACAUUGGGACUUUGAUGCAAUCCAACAUUGCUCCAAGUAGAAUCAUCAGCCAGAAAAGUCAGAACGUGAAAACAACUACCAGUUUUAAUAGCCAAAAACUAAGCGAUGCAAUAACUCCAGAGCAAUCAAAAAUCACUUUGGGGAAAACCAUAAGCAUGCAGGCAAAUAAGAAUGGUACAAAAGGUCUUCAAACAGUCGUUCACCAUACGAAAUUAACCAACAAAGAUGGUACCCUUGAUAUUGUUAACAAAUUACAACAAAGUCCAAAACAAACGCCUCAUGCAAUGAAACCGAAGGUCAUUCACUCAAAGCAAGAGGCUAUCAGCGAGAUUUUCAGAGCACUUGGAAGCAACAGUAAGAUUGUGAAGGAUGCUAAUGGCUUGUAUCUCAUUUCUGGAAAACACGUAAAAAUUUUACAUCGCACUCAUGGCGGCGUUGACGAGGGGAGAAAUCGUGGCAAUAACGAAAACGAGGGAGCGAAAUCAGUUGAAAAACCAGGAGAGGUCGUGAUAGAGUCUAAUCUACCAAACGAUUUGCCAUCAAACUCGACUCCACUAUCACAGAUAAAUUCAACGAAUUAUCAACAAAGUUUAGCUAGUAAUGCCUUUAAUAUUCACAAAGAAGUUGGGUUGGAUCUGUCAAAUUAUAACCUAAAAGAUCUUGGACACAAACUGCACAGUGAACCGAAACUUGGUUUUUUGGAAAAUGGAACCAGUGAAAAUACCAAAACAAACAAUACAGUACUUCCACCAAAGGAAAGGGAUGAUUUAAGUGUAGAAAGUAUAAAUGAAAAGCAGCCUCAAAGGAAGUUCAAUAAUGAUUCCUAUUUCAAUAGUAUAAUUCCAAACGAAGUGAACAAUAAUGCCGUGCUUUCUAUGGAAGAAAAUAAGAAUUUCCAUAAGAGUGUGAAGCAAAGCAAGUGGAAGUUUGAUGAUGCUUAUAGCAAUGGUACAGUUCCAAAUUCAAUAAAUAAUACUGCCCUCCCUGUAGAGGAAAAUGACAACCUCAAUAUGGAUAACAUAAAUAAAAAGCAAAGUCAAUUCAAUGACGCUUUUAGCAAUAGUUCAACGAAAUUAGUCGAACAGCACGAUUCAGACCUGGGAAGUUUUACGUCAAAUUACAAUAAUGAUGAUGAUUCAACUGAUAAUAAGAAGUUGGAUGCUUCCGACAAAGAACUAAGCGAUGUUCAAAUCGAAGUCGUCGACGAAGCCAAGGAAGAAAAUUCAGAAUUUAAGAACCAAUCAACAGAAGUGAACAAGGAUACAGAAAAUUUGGAAAUCAUCGAUGAAGGGGAAUCAAAUCAAUCAGCGUUAAAAAUAACUCCAGAAGAUAUUAGCUCAGCAUUGCAGGAAAAAUUUAAGCAAAAGGCUAUUAAUAAAAACGGGCCAACAGAACCUGCAGAAGAACCUGGAAACGGAGGGUUGAAAUCGGGAAAAUUAUUGCAAAACAGCGCUGGAUCACCAGGAAUAAUUUCUCUGAGGAAUGCGUCAAAACCAGGAACCUGGUCAAACAUAUCGUCCUUUAAGGCUAGUGUUGCGCCUCCGACCCAAUCUACUGAUGAAACAAGAUUUGGAUUGAAAAAGUCAAUAUCACAACUGAAAAACUCCGAGGCACAGAAGAAGACUGGGUCAAAAUCACAAACAUCUGGUUCGACGUGGAGUAUGGAUAUUCUAGGUGUUGUUGGUAGACCACAGAAUAACCCGUCGAAACAACUAGAUGGAUUGCACACAAGGAAAAUCUCAGAGUCGAAACAGAGAGCUCAAUGGUUACAGCAAGCAUCAAAGGUUGUGAAGGGAACAUCGAAGUUUACCAAUGCUUCCCAAGAGCCAAUUAUGGUUGGUAAACAAGCUGAACAAGGAACAUCUAGGAUAACUAACCUACCCCGUGAGCCAAUGAUUGUUAGCAAACAGGUUGAACACGGGAAAACUGGGAUAACUAACCUACCCCGUGAGCAAAUGAUUCCUAGACGAAUUGUAAACUCUCUAUUGUUAAGCAUUGCCCAAAAGUUACAAAGAAAAAAUGAAUAUAUUCCAAUGAGCAACCACAAAAAAGACCUAAAUCAAGCUUUUGAAAGCGAUACAACAGGUAUUGAUAACCACAUACUGGAACAUAUCAACCACAAUUCCAGGCCAUCGAAAUUUAAAAAUAUGACCACCGCAGAGGACAGAAAAUUAGAUAACCUUUUAGACAAGUUCGUAAAGCUGAUUUCCAGACAUAGAACCUCGGUUAAAACAGUAAAACCGAAGCCUAAAGUGAAGUCACGAAAAAAGUUUAAGAUCUUAGAUACAAUUCCUCUCUUGAAACGUCAGGAAAAGUUACUAGGGAGAGAACAACAGAAACUUGAACAUGAUUUAGAAAUGGAAAAUAAACUUUUAGUAGGAAGCAAGGAGAAAGAAAAUAUUGACAGCAGCGAAAGCUUUUCAACAAAUGAUGAAGUAAAACUGAAGAAAAAAAUUCAAGAGCUAAAUACUGAGAAAAAAUAUUUGCUAAAAAAAUUUAAAACACUUGGCUUUCAGGAGAAGUUUAGUAGAGGAGAUGGAAAUAUGCUGAUGAUUCCAGAUCAGGAAGCAAGCUUGACAGAGGUCUACGAUGGUUCUGGCCAAAAGACCAGAAUUGCUCCUCAUGUGACCUUUCUUCUGAACGACAAGGGGUUGAACAAAGAGACUGGAUUUGAAUCAAAAGUUGAACAAGCAGAUAAACAGUUGAGGCGAGUACUUGCAGACUACGACGCUCUAUUACGAUCCCCCCAUGGCGGAAAUACGGAGGGUACCGAAUUCAACGAAGACACACGAGACAAUUACGAAGAUCACACAAGAAGAACUCCAAAUACAGCCGAAAAAUUUAACGAUAAUUUAAUAGAGGAGAACAGAAAUCAUGAAAUUUUUCCGCUAGAAAAAGGUUUCAAAGACACAGAGUUAACCAGUGACUCACAGGAAUUACAUAAAGGAAAAUCAACAAACAUAAGAGAUUUCGACAAUAUACCACGAAACACCGCUAACCAAAAUUCCGACGACAUUCCUGCAUACCACCAACGCACAUCUGAAUACAUAAACACACAUCCAAGUCAAAAUGACGCAUACAUUCAUAAACCAGAUCCUACUUUGACCAAAAGUGUAUUCAGUGAUCCUACGCUGUCCUUCAUAAACAAGGAAGCAAAUUACGCCUCAGACACGGCGGAAAAAUUCGAGGAAUCAAUCAGACAAUCAAAAAAAGACGAUGACAACAAUUCGGAAAAUUUAGACCAACAGGUACGAAACAGUCAUUCCAAAUACAAAAAAUCAUCAAGCGGACAAGGGGGGAUAGGGGCUAGCAAUGUAUUUCCUGGAACUUACAAUUAUAACGAGGGACGCGAGGGUACACAAAGUACUCCCAACUGGCGACAUGAGGAUGAAACGUUGUUGAAUGAAAUGCCCGAGUAUUCAGCAAAGGACAACACGGUUGAAAGCGAAGGGCAGUCAGGACACUACAUGGUGAUGACAAUUCCAAAGGAAUCUGAUUUAGAGUUUAAACCACAGGGCAUGAACAUUGCAGGCUCCUAUACCGAGAUAAAACCGAAGGUUACAAAUAAUGUCGGCUCAGUUGGCAACGAGAAUACAGCCGGGAUCCAAGGUUUCAGGAGUGGAGGAGUGCAACCACCAAAAGAAAUCCAAGAAUCAAUUCCAAAGGCAUUUUCACAAAGAUCUUACGGUUUUAGCCCUGAUAGAAGCGAGACAUUGAGACAAUCAAACUCGCUCGACAGUAUUCACUCUAAAAUGUAUCCGCAGACCUCCGAUAUCGUGGAAUCCACUGACAUUCCGAAGGUUUCCGAAGGCAACGAAUUACGAAGCUCUUUUAGAAACGAGGGUAGCUUUAGGUACACAAAUCCAGAAUUUCAUCAACCCGAGGUAAAUCGUAUUGCGAUUAUGGGCAGUAAUGUAGAGGAAGGACAAUAUAAUAUUCCCGCAUCAGGACGAAUAUCUGAAACACAGGGCAUGCCGGUUACAAAUUCGAUGGGCUCAGAGGGAGACGAGUCACAGGGAAAUUCCCGCCAGCCAAUGGAAAACGAGAUUGACGGAGCGUUCGAUGUGGUGAACGGGGGGGAGGAACCGACAUUGCAAAGAAACACAAAUAACCCAGAAGAUGGGGUGCAAGAUAAAACGUACAUUAACGGUGACGAGUAUCAUUUGCAGAAAAAGCAUAAAAUAGAGAGCAAAUCAAAACAGUGAAUAGUAAAUAACAGUUAAUAUAACAGACGCCUCUGAAAAACUUUUAUAUUGUAUAUAAGCAUUUAGUUGUAGUUGGUUUGCGGCUCUCAAAAUAGUGACUGAAUGAGGGACUUCCGCGGCGGACAAUUUUUUUAUCUUGGUAAUAAAAAGGAUAUUUUCGGAAAGAGAUUAUAAAUUUAGUAAAGUUGCCAAUUUGGGCUGCGAAAUGUUGUAAA